UGGCUCCCGCGCAGAGCAUCGCCCCUCGCCUCCGUGAGCAGCCGCUUGUCUCCCACCCGCCGCCACAGACAUGGCGAACAAGGGCCCGGCGUACGGCAUGAGCAGGGACGUCCAGUCUAAGAUCGAGAAGAAGUACGACGAGGAGCUGGAGGACCGGCUGGUGGAGUGGAUCGUGGCACAGUGCGGGGCCGCGGUGGGUCGUCCCGAGCGGGGCCGCCUGGGCUUCCAGGUCUGGCUGAAGAACGGCAUCGUCCUCAGCAGGCUGGUGAACAGCCUCUACCCUGACGGCUCCAAGCCCGUCAAGAUCCCCGACACCCCCCCCACCAUGGUCUUCAAGCAGAUGGAGCAGAUCGCCCAGUUCCUCAAGGCGGCUGAGGACUAUGGCGUCGUCAAGACGGACGUGUUCCAGACUGUCGACCUCUUUGAAGCCAAGGACAUGGCGGCGGUGCAGAGGACGCUGAUGGCCCUGGGGAGCCUGGCGGUGACCAAGAACGAUGGGAACUACCACGGGGACCCCAACUGGUUCAUGAAGAAGGCGCAGGAGCACAAGCGGGAGUUCACCGAGAGCCAGCUGAAGGAGGGCAAGAACGUCAUCGGCUUACAGAUGGGGAGCAACAAGGGGGCGUCACAGGCGGGGAUGAGCUACGGCCGGCCCCGGCAGAUCAUCAGCUAGGCAGCCCCCCUCGCCGCCCCCAGCCCUCCCGCCGCCGGGAGAGCAGCCCCAGCCGGGACCUCCGUCUUCGCUCCCCCGCCCCGGCCCAAGCGCGCCGCAGCCGCCCCAGCGCCGGCGGCCGCCACCGCCCCUCACCGAUUGGUAUUUAUUGAAAAGAAAACCGCCAGCCCGCCCAAGCGACCCUUCAGCGCGACCAACGGCAGCACGCGCCCAGCUGCGGCCCCGCACCCGGCGAUGCACCCAGCCUCGGGGACGCCCGGGGCAGCCUCUCCCCUCCGGCCUCGCACGCCCCCGCCGCACCCCCGCCAGCCCCGUCGCCAGCCGGUCCCGCUCCCGCCGCGCUCGCCGGCACCCGCGGGUGCCCCGCCGCCUUCCCCGGGAUGGCGGGCGGGAAGGGCGCGCGCCCCGGCCCUCGGAGCCGCCCCGCCUGCCCGCAGCCCCGCACCAGCCCCGCGCCACUGCCGCAGAGAUCCUUGCGAACGGGGAGAAAAAGAAAAUCGGCCUCGGUUUUGUACUUCGUUUUUGUCAAAAUUAAAAGGUUAUUCAUCUA